AUGUAUCAAGGAGCUUUGAAGAAGAACAAGUUGCCUGCAAGAAGCUUUGAUAUUCAUUCUGGCACUAUAAGAGACGACACAAUACACGAUUCUCACCAAAAUAAAUGUGUAGCUGUAGAAACGGGUGUAUCUUCAGCAGAAAAAGGUAUUACUUCUUCAGUAAAAUCAAUUACUGAAGCUCCUUCAAGUUCUUUUGAGUUUUAUGUCCGUUCAGAGGAGGGAAUUAAUCUUCAUGUUGAUUUAAAUUGGUCCCCAUCAGAUUGGACUAACAGGUUUAGAAAUGAGGUUUGUGCGAGUGAGAAUGUGUUUAGAAAAGAAUCCAGGAGUCUUUGGCAGCAUAUCGGUUGCUUAGGAGAGUGUUCUACCCGAGGGGAAAGUUCAUUUUUAUGGAAUAUAAAUUCUGGCCAAAUUGAUGAUCAUAAUGGACAGACCAAAUCUUCCUCAAACUUGAAAUUGGCCAAAGAUGUUGUUACAGGGUUAGAUCAACAGAAUAAAGGUGGCAGUCCUUCAAUAUAUGAUUCAUUAACUCCAUGCAGCAUAACCAUAAAUGAUGCCAAAAAUGUAAAGGAAAAUCAAUCGACUGUCUCAGCUGAAGUUAGUUAUGGUGCAGCAAACAAUUAUAUUUCUGGUUCUGAAUCUUGUGCUAAAGAUGCGUCUAAGAAAAUCCUUGAUUCAGAUGCUACUGAUACUCCAUUCAUCAAGUCAAUAUGUGGUUCUGUUGACAUGUCAUUGUCAGAUCCUGACACACUAAAGCGUCAAAAAUCAAAGCCUGAUAAUGAAAUUUCUGAGGAUUGUGUUAUGCUAAAUGGUUCUUGCUCUGUGAAUGCUGGUAUGAUGUGUCCUGAAGCUUCAUUAAGUGGUUCUUUGGAGCUGCCAAUUUCAGAAGUUGCAAAUGAUCCUAGGAACACUUUUGAUGCAAAACUGGAUAGACUAGUCAACUCAAGCAAGAUUAAUUUGGAUACUGAUGGGAAGAAUCUCCCAUCACUAACUGAAGAAUGGUUAGAAGGGUUUCCAUUUGUGAGUGAUUUCAUAUGGCUAAAUCAUUAA